AUGCCGUCGACGACCAUCGCCUCAUCGGAGUCUCACCCCCGCAAAGGCACCUUCCCAGAAAUCCCGGUGUCGUCAACUUCACAUCCUGACAAUCCAAUCCCCGAAGAGCCGCGAGGCGUGCGAUCGCUUUCAGUCACCGAUACCACCUUCAAUGGCUCCCCCACCUCUCAAGAAACCGACUCGGUCGGCUCUGACUCCUCCGACUCGCCAAUCACCCCACCGAGUGACACCGGGACCGAGGAAGAGCUCGCUAGCAAACCGAAAGGCCGCCCACGUCGGGCUUCGACCAUUCUGAUCUCCCAGAACUCAGAGGAUAUGCGACGGGUCUUGGAGAAUGUGGGCACAAGCGGGACCCAAAAAAUUCAGUCCAUGUGUUGUGGUGGGGGAUGUUGCCGCGGUCGACCAUUGCAGCCGUUGGACGGGCCGAUCUCCGGGUUCAACUCGAUCACGGCGCCGGAGAAUACAGCCUUCGCCAGUCUGGAGUUAAACUUGGAUCUGCUCACUCUAGACAGUCAUUUGUCUAACAUUGCCCCGCUCCCAGAGAAAACCGUCUCGUUCAAACCGGCCCCCGCAUACACUACCGAUGUUCCACUGGGCUCCGUGGAUCACCCUCCGCAAUAUGUGCAACCACAUCCCCCUUAUGAGGUGUAUCGGGCUCCUCUCCAUCAUGCCCGGGAGUUGACCAAGGGGGGCGCGGAGAAGCGCACAUAUCACUUCGACAUUGAUGUCACCGAUUACCCUGCCGAGAGUGGAAUGGUGGAUUUCGUCGUUGGUGGGGCCAUUGGAGUUUGCCCGAAGAAUAAGGAUGAGGAGGUGGAGGAUAUCCUCAAUUUGCUGGGAGUUCCAAAGUCAAUGCGCGAUAGAAAGGUGUGCAUGCGGACGACCAAGGGUCGCUGGCCGACCAUCUGGGGCGACGAUAAGCCGCGAGAGCUGAUCACCACCCGGCGCGAAGUUCUUAGCUGGUGCUCGGAUAUUCAAAGUUAUCCCCCAACGAAGCCCUUGUUCCGCCUCUUGGCCGAGUACACGGCCGAGCAGAAUGAGAAGAAAAUCCUUGAGUAUCUGUCCUCAGCCCAGGGCCAAGGCGCGUUUUGCGAUCUUCGGACAACCUCCCACAUCAGCUUGUCCCAGCUCCUCCACGCCUUCCCCUCCUCCCGGCCUCCACUCGACCAUCUCCUCUCUGUGCUGAAUACUCUCAUGCCACGCUUCUAUUCACUCUCUCAGGACCCCUUGAUUUCGUGCCACCUCAAGGGCAACGAAUGCCGCCGACUGAUUGAAGUCGCCGUCACCGUUGCCGAAUCUGAAGACUGGCGCAGUGGGAAACGCACCGGGGUAAGCUCCGGCUAUCUAGAGCGACUUGCGCAACGAGCGAUCCAGGCCGAAGCCACAGGCGAGAAACAUGAGCUUUAUAUUCCUAUGUUCCGCGGUUUGAUGGCGAACCCUUUGGCAAAGCGCUUUGCCUCGGACGGACCUAUGCUUCUGAUCGGAGCUGGUGUCGGUAUUGCUCCAUUCCGUGGGUUCGUUCAGCGUCGUCUGCAGUCUGCCAACUGUGCCAACAAGGUCUGGGUCCUCCAGGGUGUACGUGAUUCUCUGUUGGAUGAGUUAUACAGCGGCGAGUGGGGCGUACAUGAGGAUAAGGUCCGCACCGUGGUCCAAAGCCGCCGUGGCGAAAGUCGCUAUGUCCAGGAAGAAGUGCGCCACCAGGCAGAUCUGGUCUGGUACGUAAUCAAUGCGCUGGACGGUCGUGUAUUUGUCUGCGGCAGCGGGAAGGGCAUGGGCGAGGGAGUGGAGGCUGCUCUCGUCGAAGUUGCCGUGGCUAAAGGCAACUUGAAUGCCAAAGAGGCAGAGCUGUUCUGGCAGCGGAAGAAGGAGGCAGGUCAAUAUAUUGCGGUAAGUGGAAUUCUCCUCCUAAACUGGCACUACUCACUUGUCAGGGGAAGCAAGUUCUGA